AUCCCGCUCAUCUCCUCUAGCUCUGACACAGAAACAACGCGUUCGUCCAAGAUUAUUGCAGCAGACAUCGCAGAUCACCGCAUCUCCUGAAACACGCGGAUCUGUGACACGAGCACCGACACAGCAUCAGUCCACCACCCAUCUCUGCUUAUUCCAGCCACCACUAUAGCAAUAUUAACCAACGAUGAUGGGCCUCUUCUCCAACGCAGGCUCACACAUCCGCAAAGCACGCCUCAGCACAUCCAACAACGUGGACGACAGAGCCCCAGAGGACACUGAGCCAGAUGACACAUCCAUCCUCGACGAGCAAGAAGGCUCCAUCAUCACCUCCCUCAUCUCCCAGCUCAGGGUGGGCAUGGACCUCUCCAAAGUGACCUUCCCGACAUUCGUCCUCGAGCCCCGCAGCAUGCUCGAGCGCAUCACGGACUUUAUGUCCCACCCAGAUCUUAUCUUCGGAUCGGAGAACGAGCGCGAUGCCGAAGAGCGCUUCAUACGCGUGCUCCAGUACUAUCUCGCCGGAUGGCAUAUCAAGCCCAAGGGCGUCAAGAAACCAUACAACCCCGUCCUCGGCGAGUUCUUCCGCUGUCGAUACGACUACUCGAACGGCACACAGGGCUUCUACGUCGCCGAGCAAGUCUCGCACCACCCGCCCGUGUCCGCCUUCUUCUACAUCUCCCCUGCGAACCGCGUCAUGAUCAUCGGCGAGCUGCGCCCCAAGUCCAAGUUCCUCGGCAACAGCGUGAGCACGACGAUGGAGGGCGAGAACCGCAUCACGCUCCUCGACGUCCCCGAAGACGGCCAAUACGUCGUCACAAUGCCAAACAUGUACGCCCGCGGCAUCCUCUUCGGCAAAAUGGUCCUCGAGCUCGGCGACACCUGCCAGGCGCGCAACGAGCGCCUCGGCAUGACCGCCGACAUCGAGUUCAAGACCAAGGGCUUCUUCUCCGGCACGUACAACGCCCUCGCGGGCCGCGUGCGCCGCGCCAGCCACGACAUCGGCGAGGUGUCCGGGCGGUGGAACCACGUGAUGGAGUUCAAGAGCGCAAGGACGGGCCAGCGCCGCGUGCUGUUUGAUGUGCCCAAGGACGGGGCGAAUGUCGCGCCGAUGGUGGUGCAGCCGGAGGAGGAGCAGGAGCCGUAUGAGUCGCGGAGACUCUGGCAAGACCUGACAGAGGCAAUCGAGCGCAAAGACAUGGACGCAGCGACAGAGGCCAAGUCCGCCGUCGAGGACGCGCAGCGCGAGCUCCGCCGCAAGCGCGAGGAGUCGGGCGAGCAGCAAUACGUGCCCCGCUUCUUCGAGCAGCGCGCCGGGCGCUGGGAGCCCAAGCUCCGAAUCCCAACCGACUCAUCCGACGCGUCCAUCGAGUCCGUGCGCACCUGGAUAUGGCCGCCCCCGCCAACUUGAUAGACGUACUCAGACCACUCAUCGCGCAUCCCUCCCGUCUCCCCUCCCCACAUCCCACGGGACCGGGACCGAGCCUGGGCCUUAGACCCCUCCCCACCCCCCGCUCCAUCGCCAAGACAAGACAGCGCUCCGAUCUACACACACAGAGCUCUUCGACCAUGUAUAUUAAUACACCCCAGAUAUUCGACAUAUCUAGCCUCUUGCUUAAAUUUACCAAUAUAC